GACGCGGCUUUUCAAAACAUCAAGAUCCAUCUCAGUUGGAUCAGUUGCUUGAAGCUCCACUUGAAUUCCAUCAAGUUCACGCUUGAACCUGUCCUUAGAGCUCGCAUAGAUCAUCUUGCUUCUCACCUUUGCUACGUCGGGACACCUUUGGCAGCAGCAGCAACAACAACAACAACAAGGUAA